AUGUCAGACGAUGAAGAUUAUAGAAAAGCUGCUCUCAGAGCUUUAGAAGCGACACUUGAAAGUCAAUUCGCAGCUCCUUCAGAUAAUCAUCUAAGUGAUGAGGCUCUAAGCGACGACGAUGGUCAGGACGAUAACGCGGAACCAAAUGAAGAGGAAUUUGAUAGUGAUGAUGAUAUUAUUGGUGAAAGUACAGCCGCUGAAGUUGAUGAACUCUUUAGCCUUGGAAAAAAUAAAGGGAAAGCGAAAGAAAUCAAUGAUGAUACCAAUAAGAAACUACAAAAUCAGCCAGAGGUUGUCGUAUUCGGUGAAAAUACCAGUUCAUCAGCACCUAGGGAUAAGGAUAGCAAACGAGCACAGAAGGCAUUCAUGUCAUCUAAAAUAGAUAAAGUACAAAAAGGCCCAUCACAAAAUACAAAUGCUAAACAACGCAAACCAAUCUCAGAAUUGAGUGAAAUCGAUAAGACAAAUCUAGAGAAUGACAAAGAGUUAGAACAUCUUCUCCACUCUCAGCUCUUUACAAUGCCCGAAAACACUAAGAAUAUGAAAGCAGGUGAUAAAAUGCGAAUGUAUGAAGGUCGCUUGUUAGAGAUAGCAGGUAAAGCAAAACUCGGAUCUGGUGCUGCAAAUUUAAAGAAAAAGGAGCACAAAAAUGCCAGUGGUUUAAUUCGUACCGGUUUAGAACGUCGUGAGAAGGAAGUCAAACAAAACGAACUUCAACGCGCUAAAGAUCUUGGAAUUUAUGACAAAUCACUCAAACACGUUUACGAAGAUGCAGAAAGUGGGAAGAAAUCUGUCAAGCGUUCAUUCGGUAAUGUUAAUGCUGAUCGUGACAACAAAAGACAAAAAGGUCUCGGUAUGGGUGUCGGUAAAUUCAAGAAUGGUAUGCUUACAAUAUCGAAAUCUGAAAUUGAUUCUGUAAAUUCUCAACCAAAGCGGAAAGGUAAAAAAUAGAGCUUUUCGUGGA